AUGAGCUGUUUUUCCUGUUGCAUGUCACAAGAGAAAAUUGAGAAAAAGGUCUCAAAGAAGAGCAUUCAAGAUCACAAGGACAAUAAAUCAUUAGCAUCGUUUGCUAAUAUCUCCUACAAAUCAGAUAGUAGCAGGAGAAGAUAUAUAACUGAAGAAAUAGAAAAACUUGGAAAGGGGAACAUUUCUGCUCAGAUAUUUACGUUUCAUGAGUUGAGAGUUGCUACUCAAGACUUCAACACCAAGAAUCUGAUAGGUGAAGGUGGUUUUGGGAGGGUGUACAAAGGUCACAUCAAAAGCAAAAAUAUAGAUGUUGCUGUCAAGAAACUUGACAGAAAUGGUUUCCAAGGAAAUCAUGAAUUCCUCGUGGAAGUUCUGAUUUUGAGUCUUCUUCACCACCCUAACCUUGUUAAUUUAGUAGGAUAUUGUUCUGAUGGUGACCAGAGAAUAUUAGUUUACGAGUACAUGGCCAAUGGUUCACUCGAGGAUCAUCUCCUAAGUCCUACUGGCGACAAAACACAUGUUUCUACCAGGGUGAUGGGAACCUAUGGUUAUUGUGCACCCGAGUAUGCAUCCACAGGUAAGUUGACUACAAAGUCAGACGUGUACAGCUUUGGGGUCGUGUUUUUGGAGUUAAUCACAGGUCGGAGAGUCAUUGACAAUUCAAGACCUAGUGAAGAGCAGAACUUAAUUACUUGGGCACAACCUUUGUUCAAAGACAAGAAAAAGUUCCAUUUGAUGGCGGAUCCAUUGCUCGAGGGAAACUACCCAGAAAAGGCGCUCUGUCAAGCUCUUGCAGUUGCGGCUAUGUGUCUCCAAGAAGAAGCUUCUACACGGCCUUUUAUCGGCGACAUUGUAACUGCUCUAGAGUAUUUAUCUGUAGGCAAGAGCCAAGCUGAAGAAGAAGAAGGAUCAUCUGCAGAAAAUACUGGAAAUAAUACACGAGAUGAUAAUUAG